AUGAUGUGCCCCGCGACUGACCCCCUCUCUGUUCCACACGAGUGGUACCAGCCAGGAGGCCUCGUCAUUGGUGGGAUGGGUUCUCAGGUCACUUACGCUUCCCAUGAACUUUUCUUCAAUGAACAUCCUUCUCAAAAGCUGUUUGAGGUUCCAGACGUGGUGACAAAAUUCUACCAGCAUGUCCUUGCCUUGGCAUUUGCUGUGAAGGAGAUCAAUGAGAAUCCCAAGAUCUUGCCCAAUGUCACACUUGGAUUCCAUGUCUGUGACAGCUACUAUGAUGCAAAGAUGACUUAUCGUACCACUCUGGAACUGCUUUUCAAAACACAGAGGUUUGUCCCCAACUACAAAUGUGACACCCAGAAAAACCUCAUAGCCAUCAUUGGAGGACUUGCGUCUGACACCUCUUUCCUUUUGGCAGAAAUCUUAGGACUUUACAAAACUCCACAGCUCCACUCAUUUCUUCAAGGCAUUUCGUUUAACAAUUCUGCCGGGGAGCUUAUGUCCUUCAAUGAUAAAAGGGAAAUGCGAGGUGGAUUUGACGUAGUGAACAUGGCCACAUUCCCAAACAGGUCCUUCCAGAGAGUGAAAAUUGGAAGGGUGGAUCCGAACACACCUGAAGGAAAAGAAUUGACCAUUAAUGAAAACAUAAUUGUGUGGCACAGAGGUUUUUACCAGGUACUCCCACUCUCUUUGUGCAAUGAACACUGCCAGCCUGGUUAUCAGAAGAGAAGGAAAGAAGGGGAAAAGUUCUGCUGCUAUGAUUGUGUUCCAUGCCCAGAAGGGAAGAUUUCAAACAAGAAGGAUAUGGUUGAUUGUUUCAAAUGCCCAGAACAACAAUUUCCAAACAAGGAUAAAAAUAUAUGCAUUCCCAAAACUAUAAGUUAUCUGUCUUAUGAAGAAUCUUUGGGGAUGAGCUUAGCUAUAGUCGCUGUUUCACUUUCUCUAGUCGCUGCUUUGGUGUUGGGAACCUUUAUCAAGCACAAAGACACACCCAUAGUCAUAGCCAACAACCGGGACCUCACCUACACUCUUCUCGUCUCCCUCCUGCUUUGCUUUCUCUGUUCCUUACUAUUCCUUGGCAAACCUGGGAAAGUGACCUGUUUUCUUCAACAACCCACUUUUGGCAUCAUCUUCUCAGUGGCUGUUUCUUGUGUGUUGGCAAAAACUACCAUUGUUUUUCUAGCAUUCAAAGCCACAAAGCCAGGAUCCAGGAUAAAGAAAUGGGUGGGUAAAAGACUGGCCAACUCCAUUGUCCUUUCGUGCUGCCUUAUUCAAGCAAGUAUUUGUAUUGUAUGGAUGUCAACCUGUCCCCCAUUCCCUGAUUUGGACAUUGAUUCGGUAACUGAAGAAAUAAUUCUGCAAUGUAAUGAAGGUUCAGUCACCAUGUUUUAUUGUGUCCUGGGCUACAUGGGCCUCUUGGCCAUCACCAGCUUCAUUGUGGCAUUCCUAGCCCGCAAGUUACCAGAUAGCUUUAAUGAAGCCAAGUUCAUUACCUUCAGCAUGUUGCUCUUUUGCAGUGUGUGGGUCUCCUUUGUUCCAACCUAUCUGAGCUCAAGAGGAAAAAACAUGGUGGCUGUGGAGGUCUUCUCCAUCUUAGCCUCCAGUGCUGGUUUACUGGGUUGCAUAUUUUGCCCUAAAUGCUACAUCAUUUUGUUGAGGCCUGAGCUGAACAACAGGGAGCAACUAAUAAGGAGAAAAAUGUAA